AUGACUACAUCUAAAGCGACGGAUGCGAAAGCGAGCGCGACAACUAGUGGCGACGGGAGCGAGAAGGAGGUGUGGGUGAUGACGCAAGCAAAGGAGGUGGUGACGGCAGCACUGGAGGCGGGAUGGGGGACGGUGGUUGUAGAAGGAACGGAAGAAGAAGGGGAGAGCGAAGCGGGGAAGAAGGGGAAGCGCAAGGGCGGGAAGGACGGGGAGGAGAUUACGGAGGGGAGUGCCAACGCGGGGGAGGAGAAUCGCGAGGCUUUCGAGAAACUGGGGCGCGUGCGCGUGGUGACGCGGAGAGGCGCGGCGGUGUACGGGGCGGGCGGAGAGAGGUUGGCGGCGUGGGUGCGCGUGGCGAGCGCGGCGGAGCAGGAGGCGAUGUGCGCGCUGGCGGGGCGAGAGGACGUUGUGGUCAUGGACGCCGCGGACUGGAAGGUGAUCCCAGCGGAGAACGCGGUGGCGGCCUUUGCACCCACGCGCACGUCCAUCAUGGGGGUCGCCUCCACCGCUCAAGACGCCCAAGUGCUGCUCGAGUCUCUCGAGGCAGGGCUGGAUGGCGUUGUGCUGCGCACAUCCGACCCCUCACAAGUCUUCGCCCUCAAGUCCUACCUAUCGCAGCGCUCGCGCACAGCCUCGCAGGUGGAGCUGGUACCAGCGACGGUAACAGCAGUGGCGGCAGCAGGCAUGGGGCACCGCGUGUGUGUCGACCUCUGCUCACUGCUGCCCCCCGGUGCGGGCCUGCUGGUGGGGUCAUUCGCGCGGGGUCUCUUUCUCGUGCAUGCAGAGUGCUUACAGUCGGACUACGUCGCAUCACGGCCCUUCCGAGUCAAUGCGGGCCCUGUGCAUUCCUACGUUGCCGUGCCGGCCGGCCGCACAGCGUACCUUUCUGAGCUAACGGCCGGCAGCACAGUGCUGGUGGUGGAACGCACAGGACAAACCUGGCCGGCCACUGUGGGGCGGGUGAAGGUGGAGGCUCGUCCGCUCACUCUUGUGACAGCCAAGGUACCAGGCCAUGAAGACAGCUUCUCCAUAAUCCUUCAGAAUGCUGAAACCGUUCGCCUCGUCUCUCCACUAGACCCCUCCGCAUCCAAGGCGGCAGCAACAGGGUCAGUGUCAGUGAGUGAGUUGAGAGAGGGAGACCAGGUGCUGCUGGCAGUGCAGCAAAACGCAGCACGGCACACAGGCAUAGCCGUUCAGGAGUUUGUCCGGGAAGCAUAG